CCGGCUCCUCCAACCCCAGGGCGGCCGGGGGUACAGCCUGGGCCGUGGCCAGGGCCGGGACGCCGGGACGAGCCGCGUCUCCCCUCUCCCCGCGUCCCCUAGCAGUCUUCCGCGGGCUGGAGGCGCCGGAGAAGUUGAGCGACACCCGGGCAGGGCCUGGGAGCUGACAGUCGCCAAAGUUUGGCCCGAAGAGGAAGUGGUUUCCAGCCCCGGCAGGUGGCGGCCGGGCCUGGACAGGGGCGCUAGCGGCCUGCGGGCCGGCGAAGACGAGGGCGCGUCCCGGUGUCCCGGCGCACGGGUUCCGGACCGAGUGCUGGGGUCUUCGGGCUCCGGGAGAGAACGCACGGCGGCGUCGGAGCAAACAACUCAGAAGUUGGCGAGAGGCACCGCCCCUGCUCCCGGGUCGCCGCCGCGGCCGCCGUCUCCCUGCCCCCAGCCCUGGCAUCCAGAACGUCGUCGGUCGAGCUUGGGCCAUGCAGCCCCCUCCGAGAGGUGGCACCAGGAGGUCUGGGUACCCUGAGCGCAGCCGCUUCCUCCCCACUGGGUAGGCAACAAAAACUCUGGGACUCUUCCUGCUCCUCCGGACGCUCCACGAUGCUGCCGGCCACCUUCCUCUUCCUCCUCCUCCUCCCGGGGGGCGCUCUGGCUCACCUAGACGGGAUCCUUUUCCCAAAUCGCGCAUGUGAGGAUUCCCCUGUCCUGCUCUCGGAAGUGCAGGGCACCUUGCAGAGACCCCUGAGUCGGGACAGCCGCAACUCCCCUGCCAACUGCACCUGGCUCAUCCCCGGCAGUGAGGAGCAGACGGUCACGGUCAGAUUCCAGAAGCUGCACCUGGCCUGUGGCUCAGAGCGCUUAGUGCUGCACUCCCCUCUGCAGCCACGGAUCUCCCUGUGCGAGGCUCCUGCCAGCCCCCUGCAGCUGCCGGGCGGCAAUGUCACCAUCACUUACAGCUACGCUGGGGCCAGAGCCCCCAUGGGCCAGGGCUUCCUGCUCACCUACAGCCAAGAUUGGCUGAUGUGCCUGCCGGAGGAGUUCCAAUGCCUGAACCACCGCUGUGUGCCUGCUGUCCAGCGCUGUGAUGGGAUCGACGCAUGUGGCGAUGGCUCCGAUGAGGCUGGUUGCAGCUCAGACCCUUACCCUGGCCUGACCCCAGCCCCAGCCCCUGCGCUGCCCUGCAAUCUCACCCUGGAGGACUUCUAUGGGGUCUUCAACUCCCCUGGAUACUCCCACCCGGCCUCCAUUUCCCACCCACAGUCCUGCCUCUGGCUGCUGGACCCCCAUGAUGGCCGGCGGCUGGCAGUGCGUUUCACGGCACUAGACUUGGGUUUCGGAGACUCAGUGCAUGUCUAUGAUGGUGCAGGGCCCCCCGAGCCACCCCGGCUGCUGCGCAGUCUCACACACUUCAGCAACGGCAAGGCCGUCACUGUGGAAACCCUGUCUGGCCAAGCAGUCGUGGCCUACCACACGGUUGCUUGGAGCGGAGGUCGGGGCUUCAAUGCCACCUACCACGUGCGGGGCUACUGUUUGCCUUGGGACCGGCCCUGCGGUCUAGGCUCUGGCCUGUGGGCCUCUGAAGGUCUGGGAGAGCGCUGCUACAGUGAGGCGCAACGCUGCGACGGCUCGUGGGACUGUGCCGAUGGCACGGAUGAAGAGAACUGCCCAGGCUGCCCCCCUGGUCAUUACCCCUGCGGUGCUGCCAGCACCCCUGGUGCCACAGCCUGCUACCUGCCCGCCGACCGGUGUAACUACCAGACCUUCUGCGCCGAUGGGGCGGACGAGAGACGCUGCCGGCACUGCCAGCCCGGCAACUUCCGGUGCCGGGAUGAAAAGUGUGUGUACGAGACGUGGGUGUGCGAUGGGCAGCCGGACUGUGCGGAUGGCAGUGACGAGUGGGACUGCACCUACGCCCUGCCCCGCAAGGUCAUCACGGCCGCCAUCAUCGGCAGCCUCGUGUGUGGGCUACUGCUGGUCAUCGCCCUGGGCUGCACCUGCAAGCUCUACGCCAUCCGCACCCAGGAAUACAGCAUCUUUGCCCCACUUUCCCGGAUGGAGGCUGAGAUCGUGCAACAGCAGGCGCCCCCUUCCUAUGGGCAACUCAUCGCUCAGGGUGCCAUACCGCCUGUGGAAGACUUCCCUACAGAGAACCCCAAUGACAACUCCGUGCUGGGCAACCUACGCUCUCUGCUGCAGAUCUUGCGCCAGGACAUGACGCCAGGGGGUGCAUCCGGAGCCCGCCGCCGCCAGCGGGGCCGCUCUGUGCGCCGCCUGGUGCGCCGCCUCCGCCGCUGGGGCCUGCUUCCUCGAACCACAGCCCCAACUCGAGCUGCUGAGACCAGGACCCAGGGAGCAUCUUCCACUGUGACCCCUGAGUCCUUGGAGAGCAGUGCAGGUGCAGCCCGAGAAGGCGGAGCAGUGGGUGGACAGGAUGGGGAGCAGGCACCCCCGUUGCCUGUCAAGGCCCCGCUGCCAUCUGCCAACACCUCCCCAGCCCCGCGACCCAUGGCUGAAGCCCCAGAACCCAUGCCCUCCGGACCCCUGGAGCCAGCAUUACUGUCCGGAGUAGUACAGGCCCUGCGAGGCCGCUUCCUGCCUGGCCUGCGGCCUCCCGGCCCCACAUGGCCCCCACCUGGGUCUCACACAGCAGUCCUGGCCCCAGAGGAUGAAGAUGAUGUGCUUCUGGUGCCGCUGGCUGAGCCAGGGGUCUGGGUAGUAGAGGCAGAGGAUGAGCCACUGCUUGCCUGAGGGGACCCAGGCUUCCCUGGGGACUCUAGUCCCACUGGCACAACCCUUUAGCGGCUAGCUCAACUUCCUCUCCACCAGUUCCUGCCAUGUCCAUGGUGUGUGGGGACUGGGGGCCUGCCAUUGGUGCUGUGUGGCUGCUGUGACAUUUAGACACCCCUCAGUCAGGGUGAGGGGGUCAGAGCUCCCUGUGCACAUGACCCAAGACCACAGCCCUGCACCACCACUACCCUGCUCCCAUUCCCCUCCAACAAGCUGGAUGUUGUUUAAAAGCAAAAUUGUGAAAGGACCACACCCCUGGGCAUGCCAAUCGUGCCAACACCAAUACCCGAAAGUGGCUUAAAACACCAGAAUGCCAGUUAGCUGGAGACCCUCCAGACCUCAUUGGGAUGGUCUGAGCAGGGCCUGAGGUUUUGCCAUCUGCCAUGCUUUCUCCAG